UACCUGAGUCAGUUUUGUAGCAACUAGAUUUUGUGCUUCCAUUACAGUGAUUGGAUCUUAUUCAUCAAUCUUAUCCAUCGGUGUAAUAAAAAAUAGCGGGCAGCAGAAAACUGACAACCCCAGACGAAAAAAAGAUCACAUAAGAAUACAUACUUAAAUAUUAAUAACAAGAUGGACACGUAUGAUUAUGUAUAUAUUGCGACCAUAUCAGCAUGUUAUAUGGUUUUACGAAAACGUAAAGGAAAUAAGAAAAAACGAUUAUGGAUACGACCCAUAAAUGUACGUCGACCGUUGUUUGGGGAUUUCCAGCAUCUUUUUCAAGAAUUAAAAGAAGAUGAGAAAAUGUUUUUUAAAUACACAAGAAUGAACAUUCAUACUUUUAAUAAAUUAUUAAAUAUAUUGCGACUUCACUUACAAAAGAUACAUUGGAGAGCAUUAUCUGCGGAACACCGCCUUAUCAUUAUGCUUCGAUUUCUUGCAACAGGAGAUCAAAUAUCUUCAAUUGCAUUUGCGCAUCGAAUAGGGGAAUCAACUGCUUAUAAAGUUAUCAAAGAAACAUGCGCAAUAACAAUGAAAGUUUUAAGUCCCAUAUAUUUAAAACCACCUAAAGAAGAAGACUGGAAAAAAAUAGCUACUGGAUUUUGGAACGAUUGGAAUUUUCCCAAUUGUAUAGGUGCGAUUGACGGUAAACAUUUCGUUAUUAAAGCACCUCCAAAUUCUGGUAGCUUAUACUUUAAUUAUAAAAAAAUCUUUAGUAUUGUAUUAUUAGCUGUCUGUGAUCACCAAUAUAAAUUUAUUAUAGUAGAUUGUGGUUCUUAUGGCAGUAACAGUGAUGGCGGCAUAUUUGCCCAAUCAGAAUUUGGAAAGUGCUUAAACAGAAAUGAUUACCUCAAUAUACCUGUAGAAAAUUUCUCAAGAUGGAGACUUUUUCUACGUCCUAUAUGUUUAAAGCCACAACAUACAGAUACAAUAAUUAUGGCAGCAGUAAAUUUGCACAAUUUUUUAAUGACAGAAAAAGAAACAAGUACAAAUAGUUAUUGUCCAGUAAAUUAUGUUGAUAGCGAAGAUAACACAGGACAUGUUACACAAGGUGAAUGGAGAUUACAUGUCAAUAACGUUAAUUUAAAUUUGCGACGUACUAAUGUACAUAGAGCGGUAACAGAAGCUUACGAUCAAAGAGACAUCUUAUCUGAAUAUUUCUCAUCACCACAAGGCGAAGUACCAUGA